GCACCGCGGGGACGGGGGUCCUGGAGCGGGACAGCCCAGGUGAUGGCAAACCCGCGCUGACGCGCAGAGACUUAUCGCUGAUAUUCCCAUAAACCGAGGGAGAACUUCUCGUGACAGCCAGGGAUAUUCGCUUUCCUUUCUGUCUCGGUGUCUUGACCGAAAGUAGAGCAGUUGCUAAACUGUUGCCUAAGCAAAUCAGGCGUGACACAACAGCCAAUUUGUUUCAGAGAACGAGUUUCCUGUUGGAAAUCUAUUCUCCUCCUAGUAACAAGCAUUUGAGAAGCUGGAAGGCAGCAGAAAAUGGUUCGGGAGCGAUGUGGGAUGUCAGAAAGCUUAAGGUCAACUAGCGUGCACAGAGGUUGUGAACUGUAAUUGCUCUUAAUGCUGUUUAAGAUUAACCUCAGUGGUUAUCAGGGUUUAUUGCAUCAGCACCAGGGGAAAAGGAAUUCGUAUGAAGAAAUAAGACCAAGAAGCACAGUCAGCCGUCUGCUGUUAAGCAAGAAAAAACUGAAAGUAGUCACUUUCAAUAUUAAUAUUAAACAAGAAUAUCCUUAAAUAAUGGACGUGCGCAGCUAGGAAGCAUGUUCCGAUUUUAAAAUCUUGGCAGAUGAGAUGUAAAAUCUCACUGUAGAUGAAAAGGAUCGUCUGCUAAACAACAAACAAAAAGCAGGGGGAGAACGAAUGAACAGUUGUUUGAACCUACCUGAAUUGGGAGGGUACCAUGAAUAGUAAAACUGUGCUUUUUGGAGAAUUCCAAAAGCAAGGUUAAAGGAACGAAGCAUUAACUCAGCCCGGGAACGAGCUGUGCCGGUAACAGUGCAGGGCUGAGAAGUGUUCAGCACCUCCAGUGGCAGUAACUCCAGAACAGGUCCACGUGCGUGCUCUAUCGAAGUAAACAGAGAUUGUAUCAGAAAGGCCACGAUGGAACCACGCUUUAAUGCCUGAUAGUCUUAUUCCUACUGUUUCCCCAGCCUUUACAAAUCCAGGGGAAAUGAGAUAGUGCUCUGGAUGGCUUAUAGACAGAGGGACAAUUUGUACAAAAACUGGGACAAGAAAGGGCAACUCGUUGCAUUUUUUAAAAUUGUAAAAUCUGAUUUUCCUAUUUAUAAAAGAUUUCUAAAAGCAGAUUUGUUCCCCAGAAACUGGAAAACAUCUACCUUGUUGUUAUGAAAAGAGGACAUAUUCAGCUUACUGAGGAGCUUUGAUAUAAGGCUGAUUAUUUCUGUCAUUUGUAUGGUGGUGGCUCCUAACAAUCCUAGAGGCAGACUGGAAGCCGCCCUACCAGGCACGGUUCAGAAGCACUGCCCCAGGAAAGAGUCCCAGAAAAGCAAACCAGUGGCAAACAGCUCUGCAAAAUGGGACUCAGCUCACAGCAGAAAUCUUUACAGAAGCCUCAGCCCCCUGGUGGGCCUUCCCUCCCCAGUCAGAGGUGCCUUUCAGGAUGAUUGGGAGGGCAGUGAGCUGUCUGGGGAGGAGGGCAGCAAGUUUCGACGGUCAAGGACACUUUCUCCUGCUCUGGGCACCCAACCACUUCUCUUUUUCACAGUAGUGACAGGUGGGUGAGAGGACCUGAAGCCGUUAUUGUAGGGUUUUGUUGGUGCUCGUGGAACACUUAGCAGUAACUACUAGAAAUCUACAAUUAACACAAUUUCUCAGGCACAUUCUUGGUUUCCUCUGGUGCUGCUGCUGACCUUAAUUAAAAGUUCACCUAAACUGAAAAAUAAUUGAAUAAACCACCAGAGCUUGAAAAUUAUUAGCCCAACUAAUUAUUUUGGAGGCUGGAAAAACAGUUUUACUGUUACUUUAAGACUCCUGGUUGGAUUGAAUUAUACAGAAUUAACUUUGUUGAAUGAAGCCGUCACCAGGAUACAAGGAGACUGAGUCAGUGAAAAUAACUGAAAUUUCUGCUGGCAGUGAGGGGUUCAGUGUCAUCUGGAAUUGGCCUGUUUAAAUUAGUUGAAUGGUUGAAUGUUGGUAAAUAGUAAAUAAUACUGGGAGGACUUCAGCUGGAAAUUAAUAGGGCCAUUUCUGACUUGCUGGAAAAGAGUAACUGCUAGCUUUCUGAGAUUAUAGGAUUAAACUGUAUCAGUACUUUAAAUAUGACUCAUGAGCAGGGGCUUUCUGAAGAGAAUUACAUAAAUUUCCCAAGGUCUUUCUGAAUAACAAAUUGUUCCAAACAAUUUCCCCAUCUUGAAUAACUAUGGGUGAAAUCCUGGCCCCAUUGAGGUCAACAGAAAAAGUCCUUUUGAUUUCACUGGGGUCAGGAUUUCACCCUGAGACUGGGAAAUAUUCAACUCCCCUGUGGUGACUGGGUGAGGAAGAAGUGAGGAAGACUCUGCAGUUGGACGUGGUAUUUUCCAGCAACAGGCAAUUCACUCUCCUCUGAUUUUUAUGUUUACCUCACUUAGCAAUGAACUAGGUUCUAUUCUCAUUUGCACCAGUAUGGAUUUACAGUGUAUUUUUAGAUAUCUCUGAGCAAAUUCUAUCUUCUUGUCAAGGCACAUGACCCCAGACAUUUCUUGCUGGGUUCCAGAAGUAACGUACAGGGAACUGUGCAGUUCUGGGUCUACCAUGUGGAAAUUUAGCUUACCCACACUGCUACCCUGAGGCAACUGUUUGCUUACCUGCACUAAGUUAAUGACAACUGACUUUUCUGUAAUUAUUGUGGUUCUAAUCCAGAGUAGAUAACACGUACUGUAAUUAUCCAUACAGCUAUUAAAAAAAACCAAAACAACAACUACAACAACAAAAUCUACACACCAAAGAAAGCUGGAAAACCAACGUAGUAAAAUCCAAUUUAACCCGAGUCGCUUUAUGAACAAAGGAACUAUUACAACCUGUUUUCCUGUGGAUUUGCACCUUUUGUCCCUUGGGCCACACACAAAAGGCACUCAGUGUUCUUCCAGAAAGUUUUCUUCCCUCUUAUCUCACCUCUGCUGGGGGAGAGAUGGGCUGUGACUUGCAGGGAUGUGUGCAUCAGCUAGCCCACCGUGUUUCAAUGACUAACUGCUGAGUUUUGCCUCCUUCUCCCUCGGUGGAGCCGCCAGUUUUCACAAAGCACAUAGGACCUCUCUGCCUUCAAAACUGGCUAAAAAAAAUAAGAAGAAUGACUAAAAAGAGAGAAGUAGAGAGCACUGUUGGAUAGGUUCAUUUUCUUCAGAAAUCUACUAGAAAUGAAGUUUCUCCAUGGGUUUACAUUUGCAUAAUUCCCCUAAAGUCUCUUCAAUCACACUGUUUUAUGUCAGCAGAAGAUCCAGCCAUAAAUAUUUAAGAACUUCAAGCCUCUCGUAGAGGGCACAUAAGGACAGUUUCGAAUUCUACAAGAGCAAAGGAAUGAAACAAAUGGCUUCACAUUUUUCAUGAGUCAAUCCCUCCAACUCAGCCUGUGCUGUGGAGCCCCAGAGCAUCAAAAUGAUGGUCCAACACUCAGGCCAGGUAUCUGCAUUAGAAGUCAGCGCCUCCGCAAUUGUUCCCACUUUGUCCCCCGCAGGGUCACUGGGGUUUGAUGAUUUCACAAAUUUAACCCCCCUGGUGAAGGAGGAACUGAGGUUUGCCAUUCAGAACAAGCGUCAGUUCCACAGGAUGUCUUCAACAUUGGACACAGUGACUGUUGCUGAAAGGCCAGUUGAAACAUCAAUGAUGAAAACAGAGUUUUCUCCUGAAGAAGACGAAAGAAAAAAGAGAAGAAGGGAAAGGAAUAAAAUUGCCGCGGCAAAGUGCCGAAACAAAAAGAAGGAAAAAACAGAAUGUUUGCAAAAAGAAUCAGAGAAGCUGGAAACGAUCAAUGCAGAAUUGAAAGCCCAGAUCGAGGAGCUGAAGAACGAGAAGCAGCAUUUGAUAUACAUGCUAAAUCUGCACAGGCCCACGUGUAUAGUCCGUGCACAGAACGGAAGGACACCUGAAGAUGAAAGAAAUCUUUUUAUUCAACAGAUCAAAGAAGGCACAUUACAAGGUUAAGUGAUACGGCAAUUUAUAAUGUUUUUAACAGCUACCAGAAUCCAUGGGGGAGUCUGUCAUAAUGUGUAGGAUUCUAUUAGUCAAGAGCCUUUAGGAAGGGCAGAUUGCUUUCGUAAGCGGAAAGAAUCAUUUUGGCUUGACAGCGAUUUUUGCCCUUGGAAGAUCUGGUCUCAAUCAAAUUGAAGAGCCUUCUGCCUCAAAUAUAGGGUUUGCACCUGUCAUACUUGCUGUUCCUAGGAGCUACAGACAACAGCUUCCGAAGUUUUAGCUCUCUGCUAGUAUACAGAAUCUGCACUCACGAGGUUUGUGCUAGAACACUAUGACUUCCAGUGAUGCACGUGGUACAGACAGCUGUACUGGAUGGACACUACUUUUCCUUGUUGCUGGUAGGGAAAGAAGACUGAGUAUUUUUGAAUUUCCAGGAGGAUGGUUUCUGGCAGAAUGUCCUGAUGUGUAUUGUUGCAUUCUAACCUAGCACACACACACACAAAAAGUCCCUGUAGUUCCAACUAAGCUUUGUCAUUUUUUUCUCAACACUCGUGGGUUUUUUCUGUGACUCAUCUCAGUGACUGAAUUUGAAGAGUCUAGAAAGUGUGACAAAUGUUUCUUGCAAAACAUCUGUGUAGCCUAGCUUGUAUUUUAUGAGCUGUCACCCCAGAUACUACCCCUUGGGGACUACAGUUUUUUCUUGAAUUGCUGAAGAGCAGCUUGUACCAUCACUUAGUGACUUGGUGAAUUGGAUCCACUGGAAAGAGGAAACUAACUGUGCAGGGGUAUUGAUAGAGGUUUUUCUCAAGUAAAGAACUGCAGGAGUGAAUCCCAGACUCCUGAACCUUGAAGAAAAUAAAUAUUUUUUAAAUUCAUCUAGGAUCUAAUCCUACAAGCCUUAAUUCAUGCUAUUACCCCUCAGUCACAGAAGAGGUUCCAUGGAUUUCAGUGGGUCUGCUCAUGCAGAUAGCUCUUACAGGCAUAAGAGCUUGACAAAGCUUUUUCCAUCCUGGUCAGAAUUACCUCCUUUUGCCAGGGGAUUCAGAGGGAAAAAUUAUGAUUGCAGCUACUUUUGUUUUACCUUUGAGUGGCAACUACAGUCAAUCAAAAGUGUUACUUAGAAUCUAAAGGAGGCAAGAGUUUUGAUGCAGUGAAUAAUUGUUUUUAUUUUUUAUUAAAUACUAACCUUGGAUGUUUUUGAACUGGUAGAAGAGCUGCUGGAUGAAACAGUUGGAGCUAUGAAUGUUUAAAUUCUGAUGUUUCUGUGAAAUUCUCAGAUUGUUUAUUUCUAUAAAGUAUACCCUAACAAUUUUUUGUAAAAGAAAAUAUUAUCCUUAUUUAUCACUAAUAUCAUAAUGAGUAGAGCUAAUAAAUACUGCGAGCAAGAUAAAACUGAGAACACAAGUGUUGCGCUGUCUUUUUACUUUUAUCUCUUGGUGUUUAAUAUUAUAUAUUCCUAAACUUCACCAGUUGUAUUUGGGACACCACUUAAAAACACUUAUCCUUCAUCUUUUUUGAAGAUGAGGCACUGAGUGUCUUGAAUGAUUGGGUGCAGGUAUUGUACCUUCCAAAAUUCUGUAUCUCCAUUGGUGGUGUCUGUUCAAUGUCACAAUUUAAGCAAAGCAGAAUACAAGUGAAGCUUACAGUGCAUAAUAUUUUACACCAGUUCUGCAGUGUUGAAAUGGUGUGUUUGUUCUAAAGGCUAAACUUGAAGAUACCUCAGCCAUGAGCUUCUUACCCCGCAAGUCUCGCAUGAGUGCAUCACAAAUUGUACCUGGUCCUUAUAAUGAUUGUUAUAUUCUGCAACAGAACUACUUAGUACCAUUUCCUAAGGUCUGGAUAUAUUGUAAUGUCCUAUAUCACAUGUUAAAGGUAUGACUUCAUGUAUCUGAAAAGUGAAUGUAUUACAAAGAUGACAUACUAGGUCCAAUUCUGUCUUAAGAAUCCAUGAUCUUUCUGUAUAUUGGAAGGAGGUUCCAUUGACUUCAGUGAGAGUUUUGUUCAUGUCUUGUAAGCAGAGUGUGGAGCCUCUGUGGCAACUUCUCUGGCUUAAAGGACAAAUUCUACAUGUAAUUGGGCCAGCUGUUUACCAGUCAACAGAUAUACAUGAAGUGUGCUACAGUAAACUUGUCAAACAAUGUUCAUUAUUUGACUUCUGUAACGUGGAAAUACAAAACCAAGGCAUCAUCCUGGCAUCGUACGCCUUGGCUUUGCUUUUUGCCUCUCAAAUACCAGCAGACAAGGCUGUUUGUCUCAUAAUUGGUUAUAAAGUGUUACCACAGAGACUAUAGUGACAGAAUUCAUGUGUCUCCCUUAGGGAAUUUGUAUGGUCGCUUUUAACCAUAUCACCGGUGACGCAGGCGUCAUGCUUUUGUUGCUUGAUCUUAUUUACUCGGCAUGCCAAAUGUUAAUAUGGUACCCCUACUAUUGUCAGAAGAUAAUCUAUUUUUAUUUCUUUACAUGUGCAGUCAUAGCUGCUCUGUACUGCUUUUGUAUGUGUGUGUGUGUGUGCGCGUGCUCCUGCACGCUGCUCUGGAAAUGAUGGUACUCAGGGUCACUUUGCUGUGCCCAGGAAAAGAGUGUUUGAACAGCUAGACAGGAAUGGUAUGUUGCAUGAGUUUUCUCAGAGUAUAUUUUAUUCGGGAGAGCCCUUGAAAUGCAUUAAAAAGCAGUUUGUUUUCUAUUCUCAAGUUUGUUUUGAUACUUUAAUAAAAAAGAAAUAAUAUAUAUUUA